GCGCACUACAGACAACUUCACAUGGUUCUGUGCCUACCUUAACCCAUAGGGUUUCUCUGCUUCUUCUCUCUUUAUUGAUUGUCUCUCUCAACCCUCCUUUUCUUUCCUCCAUAGCUUUUCUCUUUUCUUUUUUUAUUUUUUUCAAAGCAAGACUCAUCAGAGCUCCCAAAUCUAUACAUUAUUGACGACAAUAUAUUUACACAGAUACAUAUGGUACGCAUCCACUAGCAUUUUUUAAAUCUGCAGUCACAGAAUCCAAACAAAACCCAUUACGCCAAGCUACCUCAUCAUCUUCUCCCCCCUAGAAAGAGAGUGAAUUGUAAAGGACAGAACCAAGAUCAGAGCAAACCCUUUUGAGUGAAUUUGUUGGUGGAGUGGUGAAGAGAACCCAAAAAAUGGUGGGUAUUUUCUCUAGGUUUUCUGUCAGCAGAAAUAGCCUCCGUCGAGCCCAAAGUGCAAUUGAUGAUAGGGAAGUAAUGCCCCCUAAUUCAGAGGCUACAGGUGCUGCUACUGUUACUACUGCUGCAUUAGCUGCUGCUCAUGGUAUUGAAGUAGCAAUUGAGUUUAAGCCACUUGAACACCCAACUGAGCCUCUCGACAAUGAUCAACCAAUUCAGUGCCCACUUCCUGAACCUUCAAUUCUUAAUGACGGACGAAUAUGGAAGGAGAGAGUAUCUGCAGGCAUGCAGAGGAGGGCUGACUUGCCAGUUAUGCAGGAGGGCAACCCAAUAGAAUCCGAGACUGUGGGAACAAGACCGCGACCCCAAUCCAACCGCAUGAUUCUACCAUCUGUCAGUGCACCCGAGCAUAACAUUCUUAAACUGCUUGAAGAAUGCAAUGCAUCAAGUGUUGACGGUGCAUAAUUCGAAUCUUGUUGUAUAAAGUUCACAAGUUUUUGUUUUUUGUUUCCCAUCUUCCCAAUUUCUUUUCUUGUUUGUCCCUUUUUCAAUAAGUUGCUUGAAAAUAUGUUUUUCCAAAUGUAUUAAUGCAAGGCACACCAUAGAAUGUACAUCGACAGAUGUUUCAAAUGUUUAAUUUCGUGAAUCUAUACUUCUAUACUAUUAUAAAUUGCA